AUGGACCCCGCCGCUCAGAAUCGGCCCACGCAGCCCGCACCGCAACAGCAGGCGUCCUUGAUCCGUCCCGAGCAAGUCCAGAGACUGCCCCAGCUCAACCCGACUCAGAAACAGCAGUUUGAACAAGGCGUGAGGAGGUUCUGGGAAAUCUUGAACACCACUCCACAGACGGAUCCCAAAUACAAUGAAGCAUACACCAACCUUGUCAAGACUUCGAGCCAACUCAUGGCCGGGAUGAAACAAUGGCAACAACGAAAACAGAUGGCCCAACAAAACGCAGCACAACAGCAAGCCUCGGCACAGACUCAGACACAGACACAGCCGCAGCCGCAAUCGCAGCCGCAACCGCAACCGCAAGGGCAGGUACCGAAAGUCGCAGGCCAACCUGGUCAAGCACAAGCCGGCGCUGGAUCUGGUCAGAGCGGAAGUAGCGCUGUACAGUUCGGUCAACUCCUCCCUGAAAUCCAACGUAAAGUCAACGAGCAACACUUCUACUACCCUCCAGCAAUGACCAAAGGCACCGAGCCUGCUGAACUGUGGUUGCGCGAGGCAAAGGCAAGGCUGGGUCAGGCUUUGCAGAGACUUCAAGUCGCCAAGCAGAAAAGAGCCGAGUUCCAGCGUCAGGCCCAGCAGCGACAGGCAGCAGGGAACCCGUUGACUGCCGCGGAAACGGAGGUUUACAACAACAAGAUUUCGCAGUGUGACCGGGCAAUCAACGAAAGUACCUCAUUCAUGAAGAAGUUCAACGAACAGCAGGAACAAUUUCGAGCCGCGCAACCUCAACACCAAUUCUCAAAACAAGCUGUUCCCACUAGUGAAGGAGCAGAAACCACUGCCGCACCUCUGAUGCAGCCAGGCGUUCAAGGGCCAACUGCCCACUCCAUUAGUAGUGCUGUUUCCGCCGCGCGUAACCAAGCGAACUCCUCACAAGCUCAAGCGGGCAGUCCAACAUCAUCUGUUCCUCAAGUCAAUCCCAACGCUGGUGUCGGCACUUCUCAUACUCCCGUUACAGGAACGCAGGCGCAGUUGCCCCAAGCCGUUCCAGGAGACACAUCUGCAGGCCCUCGCCCACCUUCCCAUCAAGGUCAAACGAUGCCUCCUUUGCAACACUCUGCCUCCGCUGGCGUCCAUCCUCACCCACUAAAUACCAGCAUCAACGGCAUCAAGACUGCAACACCUAAUAUCACCAAGAAUUUACAGGUUCCCGAGCCCAAACCUGUCACCAUGCCUCCGUCGAGACCAACCUUGACCGGCGGUGCUGGGGUCGGAUUGCCUGGACAGCUGGCGCAGCCUGCCAUCACCGCGUUGCCUGGAUACGUGUUGGAAUCGAGCGAAGAUGGGAGAGUUCUGUCCAAGAAGAAAUUGAAUGAAUUGGUGCGCGAGGUUUGCGGCGCUGGCUCGGAGGAGCAGCUCGAACCUGAAGCCGAAGAGUUGUUCCUCUCAAUUGCCGAUGACUUUGUCGACGACCUUGUCACAGCAGCGUGUAAGCUUGCAAAGCUCCGCGGGUCGUCAAGCCUCGAACUUCGCGAUAUUCAAAUCAUUCUCGAGCGUCAAUACAACAUUCGUGUGCCAGGAUAUUCCACCGACGAGAUUCGUACCGUACGACGACCACAACCUGCGCCAGGGUGGGCACACAAGAUGAGUGCAGUUCAGGCAGCCAAACUUACGGGAGGUGCAAACAGCGCUGCUGCAACUGGCACCAACGGAAAAGAGAACUAA